CCGCCUCUGCCUGUCUCCGCACUGCUGCCCCCCUUGCUGCUGCUGGGUGUCACAGGCAGCAUCGCGGCAGCAGACAUUUGGCGAGCAAAUCGAGGACUGCGGUCAAACCAGCUGCGCGCUUCAUGCCUCCCGUGGACAUUUCAGGGAAACACGGGAAAAUCCGCGGCGUUGCACGCUGCCUCUCAGGACCCACUUUUUGUUUUUUUGUUUUUGGCUCCCCUCUGGUCCCAAUUGUGCGUGGAUGCUUCACUGCAGAUUUGAUGGUGCUGAGCAGGCUUGUCUGAUUGUGAAGGCUUGCGGCCAGGCGGGCAUUUGCGGGGCCGCGGAGAAAGACCCCGUCGUCCAGGUUUUCUGCGUCCCUCCUCUGCACCGUGAUUGUUCAUGGACUGCCGCUGCGCUCCGUGAUUUUCUGCAGUCUCUCUGAGUCAUUUGUAGUAGAAGAUGGCGGACAGGGCUGAGAUGUUUUCUCUAUCCACUUUCCAUUCCCUCUCUCCGCCUGGCUGCAGGCCAUCCCAUGACAUCAGCCUAGAGGAGUUUGAUGAUGAAGAUCUCUCAGAAAUCACAGACGACUGUGGGAUUGGACUCAACUAUGACUCUGAUCCUUAUGAAAAGGAUUCCCUCAUCCUGGAGAAGAGUGACAUGCACCACCCAGUCUGCUCCUUCCAGGAUGACUUCCAAGAGUUUGAGAUGAUUGAUGAUGAAGACGAGGAUGAAGAGGAUGAAGAGGAUGAAGAGGAAGAAGUUGACCCUGAUGCACCCCCGUCUCCCUCUGCAUCUCCUCCUCCCUCCCCUACCUUGGGCACUCUGAAGAGCAGACCCAGCACGUUGAAUCUUACCACCGCUGUAUCGCAGGAUUCGUUGAACAACAACAGCAGUCUGUCCCCAAAGAAAGGAAGUUGGCAAGACUCUUUACGCAAUCCAACUUCACAAGGUCGUCUGUCUCCAACCCACUCAUGCUUGGACGAUGGUAGCCAUGUGACAGGCCAGUGCAGAGCCUCUCCACUUUCCCAGGCUCCAGGGUUGCAGAGCAAAGGUACUCCACCAAAACAAGCAGGGGAGGGCGGGAACCCCCAGUCUCCUCAUAGGCCCCUCCUCUGCGACAUGGAGGGCAACAGACGGGAAAGGCCAGAAUAUGGAUCAUUUGGUCAGCACAGGUCCAACCCAUGUCCUUCAGAGUUUACUGACUCAAAGGCAGACCCAACAAUCCAGACAGCCAGAGUACCCUCUGUAGACGAGCACUCCCAGUGUUCAGACACAGAGGUGGACCAUGACCUCAACAGUGACCAUAACCAUAAACACUCAAACCGGCGUGCCACAGACACUUAUACAAUCACCAGCGAGUCUGGUAUGGAACCAGAAAACGAUCCUGACCCAGAUGGCACCAGUCAUUGUUUAUCAUCCACGGCUCCCAUGGGAGGAAAUGAGGGUGCUGAUACACCCUUGUCUGAUGAAGAGCUGGAGAAGGACUUUGAAGUGAAGUUCAUGUGCAAGGAGGCCUAUGACAUGGUCUGCAAGGAGAAUCAGUCGUCUUAUGUUGAAUUCCCUUCGAUUGAGCCGUCUGAGCCCGCAUCUUUCUCCAGCUAUCACUCGUCAAGGCGCUCAGAAGCUCCAGACCAGUCCAUCCAUUCAGAUACUCAAACAGUUUCUGCUGUGGAGCCAGCGGCUAACGAUUCAACCUCCCCAUCCUCAGACCCAGGGAUAGCAGACAUGAACCAGCAGGGUUAUGUAACUUCAGACCAGGACAAGGACCUUAGCUCUCCAGGUUCUGAUUCUGACGUUGAAGGGGAACUGGAAGCAGCAUUUACUUGUGGGGGUCCUGUGGUUUCCAACAUGAUCUCCUCUAUUUCAGAAACAGAGUUGGACUUGACAAGUGAUGAGAGCAGCAGUGGACGUUCGUCUCACCUUACCAACUCAAUUGAGGAGGCCAGCUCACCAACAUCCGACCAGGAACUAGACCCAGAUACCGAGUUAGAACAGGACAGUGGAAUUGUUGGCCUCAAAACAUCUCUGCUUUUGGGCCAGCGUGAUCCAAUCAAAGAAGACUCUCUUCUACCUUCUCCUUCCCCUAAUCCCUCACCUACUAUCGCCACACCCUCACUUGUUGGUUCACCCAUCUUACCUCCUGAGUCCUACGAUGAUGGUCAGGCUCUGAUGGGGAUGCAGAGUGUGGAUGAUGAGCUGGCUUGUGAGCACCAUGCCGAUCCAGAUGAGACGCUGCCUCCAGCCCAGUGCUGCGACGAUCGUCUGUCCAGACCAAUGGUGCUCGAGAUAGAACCAGACCAUGGCCUGGAGAGUUUCAAACGCUCCUUCUACCUGCCAGUGGGGCCCAGACUAAUGCCAUGUGCAGAUGAGUAUGAUGAAACAAGUGAGGGGGAGUCUGAAUCAGAGAGUGAAGAUGACCUAAGUGAGAAUUCAGACUCCCCAUGGCUUCUUAGUAACUUAGUGAAUAGGAUGAUUUCCGAGGGCUCAUAUCCAAUUAGUUGCCCUGAAGAGUGCUUUAGGAGGAAGGCAUCAGUGUCUGAUACCAUCUCCCCAUCUUCCGAUAUUGGAGAUGGAGAUGAUUUCAAUGACGAGACCCAGGAUAAGAAAGCAGAGAUAGAAAGGUCACAGGAAAGGGAAAAAGAAGGCAAAGGCUACAGAAAAGAGAUGUUGGAGCCAGGAGCAAGUUCUCAUCUCUAUAUGAGCAACCCUACUGCUGAUACUAUAAGCCCACUGAUUUUAGAGCGCUGUGCAAAUCUAGAGGAGGAAACCACCUUGUAUACCAAUAUAGACUGUGACAAGAACUCCACAGAGAAGCUAUCAAAGAAUGCUGGGAGACCAGAGGACGAAGAACCUAAUAACGACUUAAUGAUGGAAGGCAGAAGGGAUUUAGACUCGCCCAGCCUCAGCGAGAGUGUGAUAAGUGACAAGGACGAGGGGCGGGAAACUGAACCCAGGCCAACAAGUCGUUCAUCUGCAUCUCUUGAGCGAAUCACAGAGGUCAAAAACAGUCUGACGCUCGACAUACCGACUGCUCAGACCAAUCGCUGCUUUAGUCUUACCUACUCCACUGACAAUGAUGAAGAGGAGGAUGAUGGUGACUCUUAUUCUUUCAUGGGUAGCAUGAGGAAUCAAUCGUAUGGUGGUAGUGAUUUAGAACUCGACAGCUCACCACCGAUUGAUUCCAGUGUGCACAAUCAUCCGUUACCUGACCAUGACCUCCCACUGUGUGAGAAAGACCUGAUUCUCAGGCAAUCGAAUGAAGAUGAUGGACUGGCUUAUGACUCCAUGAAGUACACACUUGUGGUGGAUGAAAAUACAACGCUGGAACUAGUUAGCCUUCGGCGAUGCACCUCAGUUUUGAGUGAUGACAGUGAGCUGUCUACCUUAUGUGAUGAAGAGCCAUUGGAGACUGGCAAGGUGGGCUACAGGCACGACAAUGAAGGGAUCAGGCCAGAACUUUUGAGCUCUUCGGAGGACUCCUCUCCAGAGGCCGAUCUGCCAUUUUCCAAGAAGUUCCUAAAUGUGUUCGUCAACAGCACCUCCCGCUCCUCAAGCACAGAAUCCUUUGGACUUUUCUCAUGUACCAUCAACGGAGAGGAGCGGGAGCAGACACAUAGAGCAGUGUACAGGUUCAUUCCUAGACAUGAGGAUGAACUGGAGCUGGAUGUGGACGAUCCUUUAUAUGUGGAGGAAGAAGAAGAUGACUAUUGGUACAGAGGCUACAACAUGCGGACAGGAGAAAAAGGGAUCUUUCCUGCCUUCUAUGCCCAUGAAGUCAUAGGCCAGUCCAAAGAGUUGCUGAGCCUGAAAAGGAAUCCAGGGUGGAUUGAGACGUUCAAUGUUCAGUUUUUGGGUUCUGUUGAGGUUCCUUACCACCAAGGCAAUGGCAUUCUCUGUGCUGCAAUGCAAAAGAUUGCGAUGUCGAGAAAACGGACGGUACAUGUGCGACCUCCUUCUCUCUGCGAGCUGGAGAUCAGCUUGCAAGGAGUUAAACUAAUCAUGAGUUUGGACGACGAAUAUGACACCCUUGAUGAGUACGACAGAUGUAGUCACUUCUUCCAGAUGAAGAACAUCUCUUUCUGUGGAUGUCAUCCGAGGAACAACUGCUACUUUGGCUUCAUCACCAAGCAUCCAAUGCUGAACAGAUUUGCUUGCCAUGUGUUUGUAUCCCAGGAAUCCAUGCGGCCUGUGGCUGAGUGUGUCGGUCGAGCCUUCCAAGAGUACUACCAAGAACACCUGGAGUACGCCUGCCCUACCGAAGACAUCUACCUGGAGUAGACGGAGCUCACAUUACGACCCCUUUCCUCUACAGCUUGUGUACAUUGGUUAAGUUUUCCACCAGAGGACACUGUCAGUCUUUCUUUACUUUUCUUUACGUUCCUCCAGGAUCACUGUAAAAUAUUUUCCUGCAUCCUUCUCAAACUGGGAUCAUCGUUUCUACAGUAAGCUAUUUAUUAGACUGAUUUCAUUCAUCCAUUUUCCCGUUGAUUUCCCUGAUUGCCUGUUUCUUUUACCGUUUUUUUUCUAUGAUAUAAAACUAAAAAGCUGAGCACCUGUUUAUUUAAACAAAGUUAUUGAUUUGAACUUACAUUAUACCUACUACGGCUGUAUCACUUCUCAAUGCAUGGCUGGUAGGGUUGCUGCACACUGACACCAACAAAUACACAUAUCCAAGUGAAUGAUAAGCAGCUCAAUAAUCGUAAGGGAAUGGUGUAGAAUCAAAAGGUUUGUAAAUAUCUUUUUUUUGUUUGUUUUUUUGUUUUUGGUUUAAACAGCUAACUUGCUUUGUACUGAAGAAAAUGUUGGAGUCGAUUAGAGAAAGUUAGCAGCUCUUUUAUUCAACCUACUCCCUGCGUCUCGUACAAGAUGAAGUGUGUGUUGUAAAUACGUGUAUAGAAAGUAGACAGACAUACAUUGCCUCAUUGAAUUUGAUUGGGAACACAGACGGGACUGAUUUUGCUAUAGAUUUCAAUGUGGGUAAAAAAAAAAAAAAGUAAUGAAACAAUGGCUUGCUCUGAUGGGAAAACACCAGAUGUAAAAGUGGAAUAAGCUUGGAAAAGUUGACUUGGAACUAACUUUUAAUGCUAUUAGCUCUGCAGAUAUUUUAUUCACAUUGGAUUAGAUCCAGUAACUGUCUGAAUCACAUAACAGCAUUGAUUUUCCCUCCUGUCCUGACCUGACCGUUGUCUUGCUUGUUGACGUUUUACCACAAGUAGCUUUCAUGGCAAAUUUACCGAAGCCCAAAAGUGCCACAAUUCAAUUAAUAAAUACAUUGUUUUGUAGAUAUUUAUACACGUAAUAAUUCAAAGAAAAAUAAAUGCAUUAAUUAACAAAUAUAUCUUGUAUUAUUUUCAGUGUUUUAACAAAUUCAAACUUAGAAGUUUGCUUUUAUUAUAUGUUAAAAGGAUAUGUAAUUAUCUUAGAGUCUGUUUCAUUUAGCUUUGUAGCUCUGUUUUUCAGGACCCCUUGAAUUUAUUUUUAUCUUCCUGUCUAACCCAUCGAAGGACAGGAACAAACACUGCUACAGGCAAGAUGACCGUUGUUGUCGUUAAUCAUUUAGACAUUACAGACUAUCCAGAGUAAUAACAUGAUUUGUUUUUAUAAAUCUAUUUAUCAUCGAUAAUCUUUUUAUAAUACUGUUAUUAUUGUCUAUCCAUACAUUAUCUAACAUGCUUAUUUUUAGUGGGGCUGUGAGGGGUGCUGGUGCCUAUCUCCAGCGGUCAGUGGGGCAGGACAAUGCAGAGAGUCUGCAUGCAGAGGUAAAACAUGCAAACUCCAAGCAGAAAGACCCCGGGAUUCGAACCCAGGACCUUCUUGCUGCAAGGCAGCAGUGCUGCUAUGUGUGUCACUGUGCAGCCUGUUAUUAUUAUUCUUGCUUUCAGUAUUAUUCUUAAUAUUUUUUUUUUCAACUUGAACUGUAGCACUGGAAAUAUAAAAUAAAUAUUUAUUUUGGCACAAAACUAAUUACUUUUUAUUAAUGGUUUCAAUUUAGAUUUGUGUAUUAAUAUAUUAUUGACACAUUAAUAUAUGACACGUUUAUUGAUUUAAUUAUUACAUUUAUAAUUAAAAAAUACUUAUAUGAUCAUAUUUUAAAUAUUUAUCAAAUAAAAUAUUUAUUAAUUAGAUUGUGGCAUAUUUGAGCCAGACAAACGAAAUCUCACAAUUAAACCUGCAAAAUCUGCUUUGCUGGAGAGUAUGUGAUUUUCAGGUCAAAGAUAGCUGGACGCCCCCCCCCUCCCUCCCCCCGACAAGCCAUAUUCUCAAUGUUUUGACUGAAUUAUCGUGGUUUUGGGUGAUGUGUUAGCCAACAUUUUGUUUUAUUUUGAAAUUUCGGAAAGAGACUAGUUCGAACAGUGGCUGCAUGUCAGUGACACAGUAAACUGCUAUUGCUUGGUCCAGGUGUCAGUGAAAUCUAACCUUUUCUUAGAGCUUCAAAGAGAGUUUUUAUAGUCGUGUAAACUACAAAAUAGUCACCGGUUCCCCGUAUUUAUUUAAUGCUUCUAGGCUUGUUAAAGAUGAAACAAUGCACUCAAUAAUCUCCGCCGGUGUUGACACUGCGGAAACAUAUAUUUUUAGAUAGGAGAAGACGGAGGUACACCUAAAAACGAAACGGGCACCGCAGUCAUCUGUUAUUUGAAACUCAGGCUUCCAGCGGCAAACAUUGCUCUUGUUAUCUUAGCCAGAUAUUUCGCGUCUUUCUCUGCUACGUUCAGUCAUGAUAAAGAACACACUCCCGACCUGAAGGAUUUCAGUGGUAUAUGUCGACAUGGCAGGGGUGAGGGUUUUAUCUACAUAUAUAUCGCUGUCAGUUAGGUCAUGUAUAUACAAUAGAAAAUCUAAGUGCUGUGUCCUUUAUGUUGAGUAUGUUGACAAAAUGAGUAUGUAAAAUGAUUUAAAAAAUUCAUUAUUUAAAAAAAAAAAGAUCACAACCAGACAAAAAUCCCUAAAAACAAAGAAAAGACUUAAAUCUACGUGAUCUGCAAUAAUUUAAUUUGAAUGUGUUACGUUUCGCCACUCAGGUGGAACUUUCCUGCUGGCUCCAUAGUUUCUACACAGACAGGCUUCGGCAGCACACUUAGGGCACAUCUGUGAGCUGUGGGGCCACCAGAGUGCGAGAGCGACCCUCCGCACCACGUUAACAGUGGAGUUAAACCCACUCAGAUACUCAGAUGCCACUGGAAAACUAUCGUAUCGCGUCUUGCCCGUUGUGGUCAUCGCCUCUGAGCAAAAACAGCGUGAUCCAUCUCUGAUCUAUGUAUCUACUCGCUUCUGACUACGUUUUCUAUCUUGUUCCAGCCGAGUUAAAAACCCCGUUCUCUUCAAAGCAGCUCCACUAAAACAGCCUUUGUGGAUGGUCUAGUCCCAUAUAGCCACUGAGAAAUACAGUUAAACCAAACUUUUGACUUUAUUACUUCAAGAUUCAUCACUGUAUACCUAGAGCAAAAACAGUAUGUGGAAAAAGCCAACAUAACCUAUCUUGUAUCUUUAAAAAAUUCAAGGAAAACUUAAGAAAAAUUGAAAAACAACAA